AUGCAAGAACAAGAGGGUAAAUUAGAAUACGCUGAACAAAUUAAUGAUCAGAACUUUAAUUUAAUAAACGAUCUUAGGGGUAAAGUUGCAAAUUUUAGUCAACGUGAAACUGUGAAUGAACAAUAUAUUAAAGAGCUUGAAUUCCGGCUUGAAAAUUAUACCAAAGAACAAAAUAAGGAUCAAGAAAAGAUCAAUGAAUUAAAAAAUAUUAUUUCUCAAUUGAAAACGAAUGGAACUAAUACUCAAUGUUAUAUUACUGAACUGGAAACACGUCUUUCAUCUAGUGAUCAACAAGUUACAAAAUUUGAGGAGACUGUUGAAAAACUUGAAAUAAAGUUACAACAAAGGGAGGAAGCUUUUCUUGAGUUAGAAUCAAAAAUGAAAUCUUCCUAUACUGAAGAAGACAUGAGAUUAUUAAGAGAUGAACUUGAAGAACGUGAUCAUAGAAUUUUGCAACUUGAAAAGAAAGUUGAUGAA